CUGCUAACGAUCGCAACUUGACAUCAAAAUCAAACAAAUCUAAACCAAUCAUAUCUGUGCCCAUCAAUCACAUGGAGUCCGAGAGAGGGAUCGAGUCGUACAACAACUCCAACUCUAGUGAACCAAUGCUUGAAGACCCAGAAGAGGAUUUCGAGGGCGGGAUGUCUGUCGAGGAGUUCAUCCAACACUUGAAAGACAUGGGAAAGAAGGGUCUUCAGGACGAAUACAAUGCAAUCAAAUUUCGCGGAGCGGACGGAACUUUUGAAGUGUCGAGACUGCGAGCCAAUCAAAGUAAGAACAGGUAUACAGACGUUCCCUGUUAUGACAGAACACGAGUCAAACUGUCCCUCAUUGACGACGACCCCAACUCUGACUAUAUUAAUGGCAAUUAUGUUAAUGGAUAUAAACAGAGAAACGCAUUCAUUUCAACGCAAGUCCAUUGCCAAAAACUUUUAAUGACUUUUGGCGUUGUGUUUGGGAAAACAAUUGCUGUGUUAUUGUUAUGACCACCAAAACUAUGGAAAGACGGUGUACUAAGUGUGGACAGUAUUGGCCU